CCAAGUUCAUCCUCGCUCCCCACCCACCCAGUCGCGACAGAAAACAGCUAGGACAGGGAAGAAGCCGCGCCUUGGUGAGGAGAACCCAGCCUCUCGCUUCUGACCGGUCCUCCGUGGCCGCUGACGCCGAUCCGUCGCCUACCUGGCCUUCCUGCCCCUCGAUGGAGUCGUGGAGGCACCAUGAGCGGCCCCGGCCCGGCCCGCCGCCCAGAGCCGCCGCCUCACACCGCACGCACGGACCCCAGCAUCGUGCCGCGCGCGGCAGGACCAACUCCAGAAAACUGCGCUGCCCCUCGGCUCAGGGCCGCGGCUGUCACGGCACUCGGUCCCGGGCGGAGGGGAGUGACCCAGGCCACCGGACAGCGCUGGCAGCGAGAGUCCCGGAGGCCCGGAUUGCGGCCGCGGCCCAGGCCCCGCCCGCGGCCAGCCAGGCCACGCCCCCGGCCGGCCAGGCCACGCCCAUGGCUGGCCGAACAAGCCCAUCCCGCGGCUGGCCAACAGGCAGACCCCGCCUCCUGCCCGUCUGCAAGCCAGGCCCCACCCCCGACCUAUCGACCACCUAGAUCCGCCCCCGACCCAGUCAAGCUCCGCCCCCGGAUAGCGAACCUGGCCGCACGUCCCGGUAGACAGGAUCCGCUCCAGGCAUCCUAGACCCCAUCCUGGAGACUCGAGGCCCCCAGCGUGUCCACCAACUAGGCGACAUCUUCCCCAUCACUCAGCGAGUCAACCGGUCAAGCUCAGCUGUCAGUUCGUCCAUCCGGGCUCCUCCCAGUGCACAAUCCCUACCCAAGCCUGAGUGGUCAGCCCAGAGCCCCGCCCCAAGGCAGCUGGCAGGCCCCGCCCCUGCCCCGUCAGCUUCUGCGGUCCCGCCCCCUAGCUCAGAGACGGGCGGCGCGCGGGUUACGUCACGUCGGGCGCGACUUCAGACCGGCCGAGGGCACGUCUCCAGAAAGUUCUAAAACAACUGGAAGAAAAACACAUGGAAAGAAACCCUUGGUGGAGACCUGGUUAAUUGUGGAAGAGAGGCCCU